GUUCGAACACCUUUCUCACUCGGCCUUAUCACAUUACCGCCUUUAUGGAUCGGAGAAUACUAUUCGCAAAUAACUUUUACCGUUCGCAAGGCCCAUAAAGCACCACACCUCUGGGACCACACCAAAUUUAGUGCAUAUUUUCCGAUCCCACAGAAAUCUGUACUGGUGUUUGUCAGCGAAUACUGUGUUGUGCAUCGAGAGCGUUUUAUUAAGAACUGCCACGGUGAUGCUUUCAAUGUUUUUUGUUUCACUUCUUUUACACGACCCGACAAACUUAUUCCAUUCUGUAAAUCAUAUCCCUCAGCAUGUACAUCAACUGCCGGCGUUAUACCAGUGCUCACCUACUGUCAGAGGUACUACAAGCACUAUCCAAAGUUCUGCGCCGGGCCGAAGAUCGAACAAGAAAUGUUGCAGUUCUGUUUCGCGUUCGAGCAGUUCUGCCUUCCUGAAUUGACACCUGCUAAGUCGGAGAAACAUCCGCAAUCUUCGCUUCGACGAUGUGAAGACGUUCUUCCGGAAGCUCGUCGGGUUUGUAAUCCGUUUCCGAAUCCGCGCGACACUUUCAACGUUUUACGUUGCUCGAAUUUUCUCACUCACUGCAAGAAAUUUGUUGAUUGGGCUUGA